GUUGCUAUCAGUUAUGAUUAUAUUGAUUGGAUAUCUAGGCUUAAGUUUGCGAUAAUCGUCUAAACCGAAACGUAUUAUCAGUUUACGAUGUUUGUAUUAUUUCUGUAAAACAAUCAUUCGCAUGGUGCAAUAAAGAUGAAUUUAGUUAUAUUAAUUUGUUUCUUAGUUUUCACUAGACAAGCACAAGGACUGUUGAGAUGCUACAUAUGCUCUAUGUCGGAAAACGAUGUUGAUACCGGUUGCUUGGACAACCCCGCAAAGGCAGAAUCCGGAAAAAUUUUAGACUGUGAUAAGAAGUUUUGCUAUUCUGUAAGGCAAGAUUACAAAGAUCCUAAAGGAAAACUAAAAUCGCUGACACGAACAUGUCUUGAUGUGCCACUGUUCAUCAAUGACGUGAUAGAAGAUGACACCUACAGAUACUACUACAAAGCAUGUAAAAAAGAUCUGUGCAACGGUGGCACUGGCAGGAAGGAGACAAACAGUUCCGAGGGUGCAUUUGGUGAUAAAUCUACAAUCUAUUGUCCUGGAAUAGGAUCACGAAAUAAUGCAUUCACUAUUAAAUCGUCUUUCUUUUUUAUAAUUACUAUGAUGAUGAUGUUACUUCAGAAUGUGUAAUGAAGAAAUAAACAGAUAUCUAAUGUAUUUGAUCUCAGAUCAUCAAUCUAAAUGCC